AUGUGCUUUCUUGGAACUAUUGCAAACCUCGCGAUCAUGAGCAUUGAUCGAUAUCUUGCUGUCCGAACUUAUUAUCGAUAUAAAGUUUUGGUAACAAAACGCCGCGUCGUUGUUGUUUGCUGCCUCGUGUGGGUUACAUCAGUAACCAUUGGAUGUCUAAACCAGUUUAAAAUUCUUAGCUACACAAUCUUCCAUUUGAUAAUGUCAAGCGUCGUCAUCCUUUCAGCUUUGGUCAUCAUCAUUUUCCAGAUCAUAACCCUUCGUUCAUUCCGUCGUCAUAACAACGCUGUGGCUCAGAUGAUGGAGGGUGGAGGUAAUCAGGCAAAUUCUGUCAGCGAUCAAAACGCUGCUGCUGAACGCGAACUAACGAAAACAACAACAUACGUGGUAGGCAUUUUGGGACUGUUUUUCAUACCUAUGGCUUGUUCUAUAGUAACAGGUAUUAUUGUGCAAAAACAAGUUUCAAGGUUUUUACACCCUUUCAUAAUUCCUCUGUUUACCAUAAAUUCGGGAAUUAAUCCAUUGUUGUAUUACAGGGGAAAUAAGAGAGUCAGACAAGCAGUAUUCAACCUUAUAAAAUGCCAAUAAGGCUUUAGAUCAGCCAAUUUUAUAUUUCCAGAGGCAAAAUAGUCACCGCUAAGAGAUCUAAAAUAGGAGACAAAAAUAGUUGAGACACUUUGCCCGACCAUUUGACUUUUGAGGGGGGUAUGGGUGAUUUCAGAAAAAAAAAUAUCUUGCAGACUGAUUUCGAUGGAGAAAAAUAUCUUGCAAGAAAAUACCUGACGCAAAAAAUGUCCUGCACUGAAAAAAAAAAUGUCUCUCAUGUUGCACCGUUAUAUGUCGUUAUAUGUUUGGGGAAAACUCAAAACCAAAUCAUCCAUACUCGCCCCUCCUCCCCCGCCACCCUCCUCAAACGUCAAUAGGACCUUUCUACAACGAAACUCAUUUGUUUGUUUAACUGCUCCGAAUGCUUACCAACAAGGUCAAUAACAUCUAUAAUUUUUAAGGUAAGACACAGUCUCUGAUCCCAUACAUUAUGGUACAAUUAACUGCUAGCGACUUGGUCAUUGAUUUUAUGAAGAUGUUUUAAGGCUAAUCUUAAAUCAUAUAUGUGUAUUUCAUAAGUUCAUUUGUUUUUUGUAUUUGAAUUGUUUAUUCCUCUCAGAAUUUUUUUUAGUUCGUAAUUUUCGGGAAGUUAAUUUAUAUAGGGUCUACCUCUUUAACUUCCUUUUCACGGUGUUAUUUCUGUAUUUUUAUUUUAAUGAUACCUUGAAUAAAAUAUGUUUGUAUAUAUGAACUCUACUUUGUAUUCGUAUUUUAUCAACAAAGAAUUAAUUUAAUCUAUAUUAUUUUGUUUUAAUCUUCGGGAAAAAUUGUCAUCAAGAAUUGAUAUAAAUUGAAGAUUGUUUCCGCUGUUGUUGUUGUUGUUUUUUUUUAUGUUUUCCCCUUUUUCUUCCGUCCUUUAAUAGCUGGUUACAAUACUGUAAAAUUGAUAUUCAUGCAAAUAAAGGUACGGUAACACGGGCAAAAAAACGUACAACGUGUUUUGCAACAUUGCUGCAAAACGAGUUGAAUAGCGAUGCUGCGCGUUUUACCACCGACAAUUUUUUUUGCCAUUAUUGAGAACUUAUAAGAAUGUCAACCAGAAGAGAUACUUUCAUCGGAUCAUUUUCUGCUUUCGUGAUAAGGGACCUUUGGAAACUUUACUAUGGCAACGGAAAAGUAAUAGGUUUAAUCAGCAAAACAACAACUCCAUUAUACACGUGCAUGACGCUCUUCUGUAAUUUCUUUGCCGUCUUGUACACAACUACGGCGAGAAACUUUACUGUGUCUAUCUUAGCCUGUGCACAGUCACUUCCUCAGCUCCAGCUUAAUCUCCAAACCUCGCUUGAGUUCCACAAACCAGCCAGCAAAACUUACAGACCUUAAAAUAGUAUUUCUUCUCGCCUUGAACGUGUUGACCUAGCCUGUUUCAGGGUCUUCUAGGCUCUCAGACCGUAAGAAUGGCGCGUAAAUGAAAGGUACCCGAAAAUAUGAGCGCAUGAGCCGCUGUUACAGUGAUAUGGGCAUCCCCAUUCCCAAAACCCUGGUGAUAUGGGUAUCCUCUUCUCAUAUUGUCUUAGCGAUUUGAGUUAGGGUUAGGCUUAGGGUUACAGAGGAUGCCCAUAUCACUAGGGUUUUGGGAAUGGGGAUGACACUGUCCUUCCUCUCCCCAGUCUCCUCCCGUUUUAUUUUUUGACCAUUUCAUGACGUUUAGUUUUCCUGUUUUCAUAUCUUAUACUUUAAAUGUUACCAUGGAUCUAGACAGAGCGGAGAUAAAGUGCUCUAAUAAGAAUCUAAAAAUAAACUGGUUUGUGAAACGCUGUAACAUAGGCCCAGUAUGGGAGUUGCUCACUCCGGGUUAUGGGCUCCUCCCACAUCUGACUCAUCAUGAAUCUCCUCAAAAAUCUGUCUGUUGAUAUUGAAAUUUAGGUAUUUUGAUUGAUACAACGACGUCAAAUUAUUGAAUUUUUUGGUCGAAGCCAAAUUUCAUCAUUUUAAAAGUAGGCAUAAAGCGAAAAAUACCCAUAUAGUAAGGUGUCCGAAAAAGCCAUAAAGUUGCUGAACACUGCAUGAGUUUCUCUAGAAUUGCUUUAUCUCCUGGCUUUAUCCCUUUACUGUGCACUAAAAUCUUUAUCAUGAGGAGAUACGAAGCCAAUAAGCUUUAAUAGAUAAAAGUGCGAGGACAAGAUGAGAAGAAUGCCCAGAAGUUGUCAGCAGAAAUUCAUUCUGUUUUUGUAGCCUUUGACAUAUCACGCGAUCUCAGCACGCGUAUAAGUGCUGAGCAUUCGUACUUCAGGGAGCAAUCUAAGAGCGCUUGUUUCGUUGCCUUUCAUGGGCAAUACAAGCAAACGACAAUAUCUUUAAAUUUACCAAUUAAAAUUUGAUGAAAUUUGGCAGAAAUACUGUUCAUAUAGCUCUUCAUGCAAUGAAAGCCUCAAAAUUGAAUUUUCAACAAGGGAGUUUUGUGACACAAUCAAGCUUCUCAUGAAAGCUAUUUUCUCAAAAAUUUCAGUUUUAGCAAAGUUGUUUUUAAAAAUGAGGGUUACUAAUUGUAAGCUGUGUGCAAAUUCGUAAGAAAAUCUGAUGGAGAGAUUUUGCGUAAGCCAUAUAAAUUCAAUUUCAAUCAUCCAUGUUGCCAUGGCAAUGAUCUAAAUCUCACGUUUAACCCCUAAAUGUCAUUUUUUCUAAAUAUAUUUUGUCCUUGCAAGACUUGAGCGUUAUUCCUGCAACGAGCCUUAGAUAACACUCUAAAGAAUGGUAACGACUCACAACCUAUCAAACUAGCUGGGUUCAGUCACCUUAAUAAUCUCUAACAAUAAAACUGAUGUCAUGAUGACGUCAUUUAUUAUUAAAGAAGAAACGGGAACCUUUUGUCAUUUUGAAUCAAUCAAAUAUAUUCCAUUUGACUUAAACUCCGCAUAAAUCGAAGUAAUCGUGAUAGAAAAUUUAAUCUGUGUAUAAAAGGAUGCCGAGCAAGCCAAAAAAAAACAAAAAAAAACAAAAAAUGGCAUGAGUUUAAGACAAUCAACAACAAAAAAACAAAAACAAAUUCAUUUAACUACGCUAGCCACACGCAACAAAAGCUGGGGCCUAGGCAAACACACAUUACAAAAAAUAGAAUCAGUAUGGUGUUCACUAUCGGAAUGCAAAAUGUUAAAAACGUUUAGAGAAUUACUAAUUGCGUAGAAAUAUUCACAGUGCAGCUAGCUUUUAGGGUCUUAGAAUAAAUGACGAGAAAGUGCCAUCUUUGCUCCGAUCGAUUGCUUAAUUCACUCUGUGGGACAUAAAAUAACUACGUGUCUUAACAGUGACACCCAUUUUGUCAACUCAGAAACCUUUUAGACCAACGCUAAAUGUCCGACUUAUAGGGAUCAGAGUUAAAAACAAGAGAACAAGGAAAGGCAGGCGCCAGCUCUAGGUGUCUUACCGGGGUGUACGUAUUAAGCCGAUUUAGACAGUACGAUUUUUGCUUACGACUAUCGUGCGCGAGUAGCAUGCAUCAUGACCUUACGACAGAUCAUGUCGUGUAAAUUAGACCCACGACGUUUACACGACACAUUGUGGAUAUCGUACGUGAAAAUUGUGCGCAUGUGGAUGGUCGAAAGUCUUGACGUAUGCUAGUCGCGCACAAUAGUAGCCGUAAGGAAAAAUCGUACCGUUCAAAUAGGCCUUUCUAGAGGUGUUAAAGGGGCUGUGUCACGACUGUGUAAUUCUUUUUGCAAAUUUUGUCCAAUUUACGUCCAUUUUUGCAAUGGAGGUUAACUUAAGCGAAGAUAUUCUUGGCAAAGACAAAUUCACAACUCCUUGUCAAACAAAUACCGUGUAUCUCCCAUAAUAUCAGAUGUUACAAACAACAAAAAUGACCUUUGAAAAAUUGUUAGGCUAACAAGUUGUCAAAACGACCCUAAUUGUAUUCCGCUUUAAUCUUCUUAAAAUUUUCUCUUGUAUGUACUGUGUUCUUUUAUACCUUCUUUUAACGUUUUGAACGGUUAUUUUUAUAUUUCACUUAACUUGGCGGCAGUUCCCCCAGUAUGAAUUUUGAUAAAUUUUGUGACAUAGUUCCUCCAAAAAAAAAUUCUUAUUCGAAUUAAGAGGACUCAUUAUUUAUUAUCUCGUUAACUGCUAAUAAACAAACAAACAAAAAAAUAAUAACAGCAACAAAAAACAGCUAGGGACACGGGUUUACACUGGAUUCAAAUUAACUUUAACAUAUUCCGCGUAAUUGGCCUGAAACUUGCACUAAUCAUUGAAAGUCUUAAGCACAGUAAGGCAAGUCGUUUUUCUGCUUAUAUAAAGUGUUUUUCUAAACAGUUUCUAAAUAUGUUUAAGCUUGGGUCUAAAUGGGGCAGUCCACUUUACAAGUUUCGAAAAUCCUAUGACUCAAGCUUUGAGCUUUACAUGGCACCUACUUGAGGACACACAAAUUCGCAACAGAGUGGAUUGUACGGUGUGUAGCACACCCAUCCAAAAGACGUCUUGUCUUUGCCACAGUUGACAAAGAAACUAUUUGAUCCGUCGUUUACUUGGCAAGAUAUGUCCCAAUGGCUAUUCCAGCAGUUUCUUACAUUAUUAAAACGAAGAUGUCUCCCAGAACAAGACAGGAACUGUUGAAUGCGCCUAGAGGCUAGAAGGUAAUUCAAAGACAAGUUAGAGAAUCCUUAUUCAGUUAACAAAACCACUGAAUAAUAAUAAUAAUAAUAAUAAUAAUAAUAAUAAUAAUAAUAAACACAAGCUUGCUGACGUUUUUACUUAGAUUUUUUAGAACAUUAGAGUGUGAUAUUAUUACAAAUAUGUUUUUAGUAGAGAUAGCGAAGGUUUUACAGAGUAUCAGACUUUAAUAAUAUUCUAAAUUGGCUUUUUAAGUAGAGAGAUUCAUAUCACUAUGUAUUUUAGGAUUGUAUUAGGUUUCGUAUCGGCCUUUUCUUACUUCUAAGUAUAGUUUCUCAAGUGGUGUAGGUUACGCUAUGCGCCCUAUACUACUCAUAAUGUGGACAGCAUUCCAAAGUUUCAUACUGCGACAUAAUAAUAAUAAUAAUAAUAAUAAUAAAAAUAAUAAUGAGGCAAGAAGACCAGACAUUGUCUUUCUUGAUAAGAAGGAGGGAGAGGUUAUCAUAACUGCAUUGGUGUUGCCACCCCUGGUGAUGACAGGGUGAAAGAUAAGGAACUUUAG